AUGCAAUUCACGUUCCUCCUUCUGGCCGCAGCUGCCUCUCUUGCCGCAGGACAAGCCACCCCUUCUCUAUCAACACCAAACACUUCUCUUCCUACACCUACUGCUACUGGUACCUCAGGCAGCACAACCUGUGCUGCUCAAUUAAUCCUUGACACGUGUGUCUCGCAACUCCAACCGAUGGUCUCUAGCUGCGCCGGCAAUGAUUGGGCCUGCCUCUGCCAGAAAUACGGUGAUCUAUUGACCUGCUACGAUAACUGUCCCGGCGACCCGGCGCGCUUCGGGGUUUCACAGCAGCAAUCCCAGAACUGCGCUGCGGCGUCGGCUUAUGGGACUACAACCAGGAUGGUGGCCAGUAGCACUUCCUCGGGAUCCAGCACGGCUACAUCAAGAGCUGCUAGCGCUACUUCGGGUUCUACCGAGUCUGACUCUGAGACCGCGAGUGGAAGUGCUGCCAGCGCUACAGAAACUGGUGCCGCUUCGGCGUUGGGUGUUGAAGUGACUGGUGGUAUGCUUGCAGUCGUUGCGGCAGGCUUUGGUCUUUUCUUGUAA